AUGCGUUUCUCUAUCGCUGCUCUCGCUGCCGGUGCCGUCGGUGCCAUGGCCGGUGUCACCACCGAGACCGUCACUGCCUACACUACCUAUUGCCCCGAGGCGACCUCCAUUGUGCACGGUGAUCACACCUACAGCAUCUCUACUCCUGGCCACAUCACCAUGACCCACGGUCCCUACACCGUGACUCGUCCUCUGCUGAGCUCCAUCGUCACCGAGUGCAAGAGCUGGGCAGCACCCAUCUCAUCCCCGUCCCCAGCGCCCCUACCUCCACCCCUCUGGUCCCCAGCGCCCCCCACCUCCACCGGUGUUCACGGCGUUCCUGGCGCUCCCAGCGCUCCCCCCAGCGCAGCCACCCCCUCCCAGCCCGCCUUCAACGCCGGUGCCAUCAACGCCGCUACCGGCGCUGGUGCCGGUCUGGCUGCCGUCUUCGGUGUCGUUGCCCUCCUGCUGUAA